UCAACUACAACGAACGAGAGAAGCGCAGAGAAGAAGGAAAAUGGACCUGAUAAAAUGGCGGACUUGAACGCAAUGUUCAACUGUGAUUUAGGAAUGUGUUAAGUUCCGACACUCCGACCGACCUGUCAAACAUCUCUGGUUCCAACCUCCCAACUUAUAGAGUAGUAUAGCUAUUAGCUCCUCUUCAUGAGCUUCACUGAGUGAGGUGGUCUAGUGAGAGAGAGAAGAUGGUGAGAUCCUCGAGCACCUGUUUCAAGAUCCUUGCAUGUGGCAGCGAUGCUGUUGACAAAGAUGACCUUGAACAGACUGAGAGCAAAGAGUCUACAGAUAAACGUGGAUGGAGUUUCAGAAAGAGAUCAGCCAGUCAUCGAGUGCUAAGCAACACUGUUAUCUCAGAAACCCCAUCAAUUGGGAAUAAGGAGAGUCCAGAAUCAAUUGCAAUCAACUCUGGUCCACAACCUGACUCAGCUAUUCUUGAGAAAGUAUCUGAACCGCAAAGGACGGAUGAGAAACCUGAAUUGUCAACCGCACUGCCCACAAGAGAGACUGAUCCCCCACUUGCCAAGGCGAUUACAUGUAAUCCCAACCUAGAAGAAUCUGUUGCCGUUGUCAUCCAGGCUGCUAUCAGAGGAUACUUGGCAAAAAGAACUCUCUUGAAGCUUAAGAAUGUUGUUAAAUUGCAAGCUGCAGUACGUGGGCAUUUGGUCCGGAGGCAGGCUGUGGGAACUCUACGCUGUGUUCAAGCGAUUGUCAAGAUGCAGGCUCUUGUGCGUGCUCGCCGUGCUCGUCUGUUAGUAGAAGAGUUGGUUAAUGAGAGAAGUGAACAAAUGGUGAAGCCCUUGGGGAAGGAAGAUUCAGAAACUAAGCCGAACCAAACUUACUCUUCCACUAAGAAACUGUUUAGCAAUGGUUUUGCUCGUCAGCUUUUGGAGUCAGCACCAAAGACAAAAGCAAUACACAUCAAAUGUGAUGCUUCGAGAUCUAAUUCGGCUUGGAAUUGGUUGGAGAGGUGGAUGUCCGUAUCAUCAUCAGAACUUGCACAGCCAGAUAAACCAGUGUGUCCAGAGAAUGUGGAACAAGGAGAGAAUAUCAAGGCAACUGCUUCUGAAGCAGGACCUGCACUGCCAUCUGCUGUCUCUGUGACAGCAGAUAUAAAAUCCAAUAGCAAGGAAGCAGUGAUGGCACUUGAGAGUGAAGAGAGCUUGAUCACUUAUAAUGCAGAUGACCUUGAUUUUCAAGCUGGGCAUCCAAACUUUUCAUCGAAAAGAGAUGAUUUUGAUCAGCCUCACAUUGAGGAUGUGAAUUUGGGAAAAGCUCAAAAUGCAGAUGACUUAUGCAUUCAGGACGGUCAUUCAACCUGUCCAUCAGUAAAAGAUGAUCUUGAUAAGCCUCGAGUUGAGGAUGUGUGUUUGAGUGUAUCGCAAGAUGCCUCUUCUGAGAUAGAUUUGUUUCCAACUCAAACAGAGAUGCAAUCUGGUGUUAUUUCUCAGACAGUGCUCAAUUCUGUUUCUGAGAAUGCUGGGUUAAACAGUGAACAACCAAAACGUACUAUGAAAAGAGUUGCAUCUGACCAACUAGAGACUGAGGGUAAGAAGUUUGUUUUUGGAUCAAGAAAGGCAUCUAAUCCUGCAUUUAUUGCAGCGCAGUCAAAAUUUGAAGAGCUGAGUUCAUCAGCAACAUUAGGUAGGUCAAUCAAUCCAAUUAAUGAAGACCUUGGAUCAGAAUUGAAAUCGGACAACCUUCUUUCUCUUGAAGAUUCUGGGUUGCAGACCAAGGAAUCAAGCCUUGCAGAAUAUUCAAUCUCUCACGAUCCAAAGGUUCAGGUUGGGGGAUCAGAAUGUGGAACCGAACUUUCUAUUUCUUCCACUCUUGAUUCCCCAGACAUAUCUGAAAUUGGAGGUGGAGAACUUGAACAUGAAGCCAAAGUUGCAGAAAGAGGAGCUGACAAUGUAAACAGCCUUGCUAAUGAUGUACAUAAACUUAGAACUUCCUGUCUUGAGGCAAAAGGCUUUUCCUCCACGCCUCCACUUAAUCUGUCCCAUGAUGUCUUUGUUCAAUCAGGGAAGGCUGAAGAAGUUGAUAACGAAUCCACUGAUCCAGUUGUAGCUGUAGGCUCUCCCAGGAUGGAGCAGCAGCCAAACGGAAGUGUGUCAGAUGUACGGGUUCAGGUGGACAACAUCAUUGAUCAGCAAGCUUGCAAAUCAUCUCCAGAGGGAUCUCCAAGAAGCCAUAUGACUGCCCCUGAAGCACAUGGAACACCAUCGAGUCAGGUGUCAAUCAAAGCUAAGAGGGACAAAUUGGAAAGGAGAGGGUCCAACCAAAAGCGGAUGUCCCAUGCAACAAGUAACAGGUCCCCUUCAAAUCAGAAUGACUCGGGUGCACGAAGUAGUACAGAGCAAUUGCCUAGGGACUCCAAAAAUGGGAAGCGCCGUAACUCAUUUGGUUCAGCAAGAUCUGAUCCCAUUGACCAGGAGAGAAGAGAUAGUAGCAGCAGUAUUUCUCUCCCCAGUUACAUGCAAGCAACAGAAUCUGCCAAGGCCAAGGCCCACCAUACCUAUAAUUCUCCGAGGUCAAGUCCAGAUGUGCAAGACAAGGAUAUUUAUAUCAAGAAGAGACAUUCCCUACCCAGUGCAAAUGGAAAGCAGGGCUCCCCUCGCAUGCAACGAUCAACGUCACAAGCGCAACAGGGCGUUAAGGGAAAUGGUACACAUUCUCCAGCUGAGAGAAAAUGGCAAAGAUGAUGAAUAUCUCUGAAAGGGCCUCUCAUGCAGAGUUGUGGAGACAUUUGAUCAGGCUUUCUCAUGAGCGUCAGCAGUAGACUGAUGUUGAGCUUUAUCACAGGUGCUAGUUUGGGAUCUCAGGAUUUUGCUCUGUUUGAGGUGUGGAAUGGGCAGGGGGAGACAGGGAGAACACAGGAUUGAGGAUUUCAUGUACAAUAUAGUGUCUCAAAACUCCUGCCAUGAGGUGUGCUUGUGUUUGUUAUGUCUUUAUCUGUGUGCAAUAUUGUUUGGUUGGCUUCGUGGAGAUGUGUCAUCUCUUUUAAGUUUUAUCCAGAGUUUGACAUUAAAUGUAAGAUGGAGAUUUCAGAGAGCAUAACAGUUAUUGAAAUAAGAUGAAAUAUACCUUGUGCUUCA